CUCUUCUCUCGGCCCGUGGUCAAGCCAGUCGGUUCGCGCGCGCCGCUCUUGCUGCACGCGUUUUCCCGCCACAACGAGCUGUCAAUGUCAAACUGUCGAAAACUAUCGCCGUUUUUAAAAAGUGACAAAAAUUGAAAAAAGAACUUAUCAGUGUUUACAAACUGCCAGUGUUUUGUGUUCGUGUUGGGUUUUUUAUUUUACGAAUCGAGUGCUUGGACAAUCCGGAUCUAAGGGACAGUAGAGAAUGUUCCUCAACGAGUGACGAUUGGAAAGAAGGAACGAUGUUCGCGACGAGAUGAUGUAUUGAAAUUCACAUUGCAUACAAAAUGAAAUUAUAAUGGAAUCACCAGUGAGAAUAUGCUUAGGUGCAGCAUUAGUAGUGAAUCUACUAGUGUUGAGCACGAGAGUCAGUGGCAACGCGCUGCCACAAACGACACAGGAGCCGGUGAGAGAUGACAGAAUCACAAGACACAACAGACUGAAUGCCACGACAUGGUCCAAGACCAAAACCAACACGCCAGACGUCUCAAUCAACGAAUUGAGCCCCAAAGACUCCAUCUCAGAGGAGCACACAGAAAAAAAUGCCAAAUAUAAAGAUAGAGGAAGGGUGCGAUUCUUCUCUCAACUCAAAUCUAGCACAGAAAGCACUCUAAGAAGAGUGAGGAGUUCAACCGAAGCAGAUAAACUAAUAAUAGUCACGCCAACUCCUGAAGUUAAGAAGCCCGUAGAGAUUAUUGACAGUAUGAAGUUAUUUAAGAAAACAAAAAUGCCGACGAGCAUUUCCAGCACAACGCCCAUGGCGGUGAAGAAGGAAGUACAUAGCACGGAGGAAUUCGGCGAUGAAGAAGAAGAAGAAGAGAAUGAAUCCUUCGAAAGGUUUACCUCUAGCAAAUUUCACGACAAUACCUUUUUCACUAUACCCAGUUUUGACGACGAUGACGAUAGUUUUAGUAAUAAAGUAAAACAAGAUUACAGCAGUCCAUCUUAUGGAUUUUCUAGUUUUUUCCCUAAAGGCACUUCUUACGGAUAUAAUGACAAGGACGAAGAUCAUUUAGAAUCCGGCGGCUUCUUCGAUUUCGACUCUGACCUAACAACGCCGAAAAACGAUUUCUUCGAUAAAAAAUAUCAACAAAUAUCUGGUAGUAUCAUAAAGAAACUAGAAUCUAUUAAGGCUAUGGCGCCUCCAUCUAAUGCUAGUAAUAUACACAAGAUUGCGAAGGAGAACGUAGGUUUAGAAAAGUUAGGUAACAAUACGCCUACUAAUAAAUCUACAGUAUUCAUUAAAAAUACCAAAGAAAUUCGUGUUCAUGAUAAUGAGGGUGCAGGCACCGCUAAGAGACAACUGUCGGAUGUUCAAGGAACGAGUAUAUACUAUGAAAUGUCAGUGUUAUCAACUGAAACAUACAUAAACCACACAAGUGAUGACGAUUGUGAUAACGAUACGUUACCUUCUGGUCCUACAGCUAGCACUUCACCGGAAGAAGAAAUAAACGCAGUAAAAUUGACACAGCCUAGUACUAUUCAGAUUCCAAGUAGAGAAACUGUAACAGCUCAAACAGCUGUUCAACAAUCAACUGCAGCUCCUCAAUCUACUAAACAACCAAUGGUAAAAAUAUCUACUAAACGGCCUAUACUAGUACAAACAUCUCCAAAAAAAGCAGUUUUAGAACCAACAUCUACAACAAUGGAGCCAACUAUUGUAGAGGUGUCAACGAAACCAACAAAUUUUGUCCCAGUAUCAACCAAGCAUCCAUUUACACCAAUGUCUACCAAGCCAACUUUACCAGACCUGAAAGUAGAAAAUAUAACUACUGCUUCUACUAAUUUUGUACCAAUAUCUAGUGUGAUACCAUUUUACCAAACAGUGAUACCCGUUUCUACACAGAAUAUAAUUUCAUCCACCGAAAGAGUGACUAAAGUAUAUUUAAAUAGUUAUAACAGAAAUAGAAACUACUCAAAAAGGCUAAAUUUGACUGGUGUUAAGGAUUCUCCAAAUAGUGUUACUGCAAAACCAGAAAUUCCUACUUUAAGACCUCUGACUCGCAAAUUUUAUUACACCACCCCAAGGAAUAGACCAAUUUGGAUGUUACCCAAAAGAAAUGUAACUAAAAUAGACUAUGUAAGACCCACUAGCCAUACAAUUUACUCUGAACAUUUUAAUAUCAAAGAUAAGUUAUCAACUACGCAUAAACCUAAAAACCCUAAUAAGACUAUGUUGACGACUGUGUCUUCUGAAAUAGACCCAGUACUCCAAAGUGAUAUAAGUGGAAUUAAAAAGGUUGUCCACUCACAAUCUAUUACGGAUAAUAGUAUACCAACUCUAUGGAAACGAGGGUCUACAAAGUUCAGGACAUCAACGGCAACAUCAGCCGAAGUUUCGGACAUUAACGAGAUGGAGUUACCUCCUACUUCGAUAGCUUGGUCGCUGGCCUCGAUGCUUCCUUCGCCAGUGCCGAGCCCUGUCAAUGCAACAUCGACCACGAAGACUGUUGACGAAAACGAGUUACAGAAAGUAAAUGAAGUGACAGCAGAUAAAAAGGAAUCUGCAACAGUGGCUACGACGACUACAACUUCUAAUACUAUAUCAGAGAAUAUCAUCACUAAGAACAUCACUGAAGUGGAACAAAACAAACUUCCCUGGCAACCAGUAAAUCCUCCCACUUCUCCUGGUCCCGCUGAAUUUGAGUCCACAUCCGAGGGCAAGACUGAGAAGCUAGCCGCUGAGAGUAACAUAUCUGUGCAGAGUAGUGCAGAACCAGUGACUGUAACACAAAAUAAGUCAAAAAUCUUUACUCCGGCCUGGAUACCAGCAAUCGAAACGGAACCAACGACUAAAGCAGAAGCAAUUCCACCGGUUGACGCUACAAGGUCAACUGGUUUUGAAUCGAUCACGAAGCUACCGUCUGAUAUAACUACACCUCAGGAUGAAACUAUUUCUACUUCUAAGGACGAUGGCGUCAAUGAAGAGAAAAUAAAAACUACUACGGAUUAUGAAAUAACAACUAUUAGGUUUUCAUACUUGCCUGUAGAAUCUGUGGAGGUUACAGAUGAUGUAGAAAAUGAAACGGAAUCUACUACACAAACUACAUGGCAUCCAGUUAUGCCGACUAGAACAAGAAUAACAACUGUUAAAGAUAGUCCUAUAACUACUUAUCGUCCUAAGUAUAUGACUACUACAGAAAUGACCGAAGAAAUAUCGACUAUCGCAGACACUACUCCUCCUGUGAUUGAAGUUUCUUCGCAGAUACUUGGAAAUGCUACAGAAAAAGAGUCUACAACUACAGAAUCUAUUGUACAAAUUACUGUUACAGAAACCAUGACGAUUCCAACCGUAACAGAAGCAACAUAUCCUCCAACAACAAUUGAAGUGACUACUCAAACAACACCUGACGAGAUUACACCAUCAACAACUGUAGACGAUACUACACCGCUCACAACUACUACAUCUACUACAACAACUACCACUACUACGACUACAACUCCAGCCCCAACAACAUCUAUACCUUCAACGACAGAAGAAGAUACAACUACAAUUGUCGUAGAAGUUGUUACAGAAAUAAAUACUGAACGUGAGAAACGUAUCACAACAGACAGACCUACCACUGAAAAUGAUAUAUCUAGCGAAGCUACCACCGACUGCUCCUCUGAAGAGAAUAGUAAUAGAAAUGAGAUAAUAAACCAAGAAAAACCAACCGUUGAACACACAACUGACAUCCAAACAACAGAGAAAGAGACACAUAUUCCUACGACUGAAAAAGAGUCUGAAGACUUGAGUAAAGAGACUACACCUGAAAUAACAACACAACAGGAAAUACAAGAAACAACCACUCCAGAAGCUGUAAUACCAACCCAAUAUAAACCUAUAGUAACAACUCCAGAAAUUACAGAAGUGACCAGUCAAAAAGUUACUAUCUCUGUUGUAACGACUGUUUCUAAAGCUGACACAACAACACACAAAGCGAGGAUAUUAUCGACAACAGAGGAUGCUGUAAUGGACCUUACCACGAAGCCUGCGACUGAUUUUGAGGAUCUAACGACGUAUGCUGGUGAAGUGACCACUGAAGCGUCUUCAAGGGUUCUGACUGAGGAGUCAAGUACCGGAGCCGCAGUGGCAAUAGCUGUCAGCACGAUUGGCGUUAUUGCCUUAGUUCUACUCAUCGGAUUAUUGCUUGUGGUGCGACGUCGUGGCCGUCGCGGUAUAUACGCGCAGCGAUGUACACCCGUCUCCCUGGACGCGUAUAGCUUGGACAGCGUCAGUAUCGGCCAUAGGAAGGGUAACCACCGCCUGCGAGCCAGCAAACGUAGUUAUGGGAACCCAGCUUAUGAUGACGAGGUCACCUCCCACCCAAUGCAGUACCCUGCUCUUGCAAACUUCGCCCUGGACAUCGACUCCAUGUCAGCAGAGUUCGCGGAGAUACCUUCUGUCACCGUCCGGCCUGAGGAGGUGCCUCCAGGUUGUGAAGACAAGAACCGCUACUCAAACGUGCUGCCGCUCCCGGAGACCAGGGUCCCGUUGGCGAGGAUCGGGAAUGAUCCUACCACUGAAUAUAUCAAUGCUAAUUAUAUUACGGGUCCCGGCAACAUCCGUAACUACUACAUUGCGUGUCAAGCUCCCCUCUCCAACACCGUGGUGGACUUCUGGCGCAUGAUCUGGGAGCAGAACUCAAGACUCAUAGUCAUGCUGACAGAAUACAUGGAGAACGGAGUGGAAAAAUGCUAUGAAUAUCUACCACCAUCAGAGAUAUCGGAUAAUAAGCGAAUCUUCGGGGACUUCAAGAUAAUCCUUAAGAAGCGUGAACAGCGCGAUAAAUACGCCAUUUCCAGCGUGCAGCUCAUCAACCUGGCUACUAGGACCUGGAGGGAGGUCACGCAUCUCUGGUACUUCUGGCCCGCGAAGGGCGUCCCUGAUGAUUACGACUCUAUCCUGGACUUCUUGUCUGAGAUGAGGAGCUAUAUGAAAGUAUCGCAGGCUGCCAAAGAGUUUGAUGAAGACGGAGUAGAAGUAAUAUACGGAGACCAAAACCGGUCUUCAUUCAAUAACCUGGCCAAGUUGCGCAGCGACGACAACAGCUCUGGCAACGGAGUGAACGUAUACUCUCCCUCCAAGGCUGAGGAGAUGAUGCGGCGUGGACCUGCCAACAACGGCACUCUGGGGAGAAUGAAGGCUGCUUCCGAGAUUGAAGGUGUUCGUCCGUGCGUGGUGACGUGCGCGUCGGGCGCGGGGCGCUCGGCGGUGGUGGUGGCGCUGGACGUGUGCGCGCGCGCGCUGGCGGCGGGCGGCGCCGACGUGCCGCGCGCCGUGCGCCAGCUGCGCGCGCAGCGCCCGCACUCGCUCUCCAACAGGCACCACUACAUACUGCUGUACAAGGUGCUAAGCGAAUAUGGGAACAAGCUAAUCGGGGGCGUGGACACCAUAUAAGCGUGAACCUAAUUUAUUUAAUGUUAUAAGAACUCAACCAUGACAACGCGCGAGACAUUUGUUAUUUUUGAUAUAUUUUGUUCUCAAAUAAUUUGGAUUAUACCAAAGCUUUAGUUACGCGAUCUCUAAUUUGAUAGCUCAAACGAAAAAUCUCUAUGGUGUUUCAUAGACUAUAUGAAAAAUUGUAUUCAGCGCCCUCUAGUUAUCGUUUUGUUAGUUAAUUGAUUUAGGUAAAUUAUAACCUUGGCGUUUGCUAUAAUUUCCGUCGGGACUGACGUAAUAUUUGUAAAUAAGAUUUUUUCGCAUAUUAAGAUAUAUCGAACAACUAUUUUUAUUUAUUUUAAUGGAUCAUUCCGCUAGUCUUAUGUUUUUUUUAGUUGAAAUUAGUUUAAUUUCGUUUUAAUCCUUCACCAAUAAAUGUUAUUUUAAUAUGUGUUUUAGCUUAUUACUUUUAUGUUCUGUUUAUCAUAGAUUAAAAACUUCUAUUGGUAAGCAACUCUAUCUAUCACAAUUAACAUUGUUUUAAGUUUUAUCUUGAGAACUGCUGUGAUUACUACUGACAUAGAUAUUUUAUUUUAUAAAGACGAAAGUGGAUGGUUGCGUAUGACGUUACAUAGUUAUUAUAUUUAACAAUUCCUAUUAUAACAUUUUAUUAUCUAUUUGGAAGAAUACAUUCGUUCCUUUGCUUUAGAGAUAUAAUGACAACAAUAUAAAUAAUAUUAUAGAUCAAGAAUGAUGUUUGAGAAUCUCAUGCGGAUGAUAGACCAACACUUAUAAAUUACCAAUAAGGCGUCGCGCAAACGCUGUAAACUAAAAGUUGCUGAAGAUGGCAACUGUCAUUUUCGUAGUUCUUGAUGACAAGCUGUCAUUUUUCAAUUAAAAAAUUAACGCAUUGGUAUUCUUUGGCAAUGUCGAACUGUAAAUAAAACGCAAGCCUUUACAGUGACCAUUAGCUCUUAGCUUAUAAUAAGUCUAGGCAUAAUAAUUCUAAUACUCUGUGCUACUUGUAACUAUAUUUCGGAAUUGACUUGACAAUCUAUAAGACUUCAGCCGUCAUAAACUAUUCUUUUUGAUGGUGGCUACAGAUAUAAGAGAGAUCAACUAUUGAAUAUUUACUAGUAUCGGAUGAGUUGGCAAUGGAUGCCAAAAUUGCAUCAGUUUGCGCAAAAUAUCUAGAUUUCUAAAUAAUGUAUCAUAAUUAUCGAAAUUUCACUACAUUAGUAAGGAUAAAGUUUGCUAAAUAGUAUGUAAGUAGUGCCACCAUGCUUGAGAUAUCUAUGGCCGCCAUUUUUCUGUAUAUUACCAUUAUUGUUUUUGUUGAAAAUUUGUUGUUUUUUUUUUUAAUAAUUUAAGUUUGUUGUCAAUGCAGCUGAAUAAUUCAGAUAUAAUAAAAGCAUUUAUGUAAUGUAGUAAAAAUGUAGAGUGCACUGUUUUAUCCCACACGUACGUAGGUUAAAUAGAUUUAUUUUAGGCUAUUGCUAUAUUAUUGACCAAAAAUAUGUAUGUUAUAAAAUAUAUAAUUUCGUCCUACUAUUGAUAAUAAGGUCUGUAUUGAAUAAAUUUAUUUAAAAGA